GAAUAGACAUUGCCGACACACACUCAGUGCCAUACUGCCAUCUCACGCGCUUGCAAGUUUCCUUGUCAAACUGUUGUGUGGAUCAAAUGGCCGUUGAUGAAGACACAUAAAGUGAAUUCACUGAUCCACAAAAAAGGGAGGUUAUUGACUAUAUAGGUUGUUCACAAAGACAUUGAAAGAUGGGUUUUUUGAGUACCAUAGCUAGUUUUUUUGGAUUUGGAGUUGGAACUUCACUUGGGUUGGUGAUUGGCUACUAUUUGUUCAUUUACUUCCAGCCAACAGAUGUCAAGGAUCCAAUAAUUCAUCCUUUGGUUGAGCAAGAUUCUAAAACUCUGCAACAGUUGCUUCCAGAGAUACCCUUUUGGAUUAAAAACCCAGACUAUGAUCGUCUUGACUGGCUUAAUAAAUUUAUUGAGUAUAUGUGGCCUUAUCUGGACAAGGCAAUUUGCAAGACUGCAAGGAAUAUUGCAAAGCCCAUUAUUGCUGAGCAAAUUCCGAAGUACAAAAUUGAUUCAGUUGAAUUUGAAGUACUUACCUUAGGUUCUCUACCACCAACUUUUCAAGGAAUGAAAGUCUAUAGUACUGACGAGAAGGAGUUGAUUAUGGAACCAUUAAUGAAGUGGGCUGGGAAUCCUAACAUUAUAGUUGCAAUUAAAGCAUUUGGGCUGCGAGCCACCGUCCAGGUUGUUGAUCUGCAAGUAUUUGCUGCUCCACGCAUCACACUGAAGCCUUUGGUUCCGAGUUUUCCUUGUUUUGCCAAUAUUUAUGUGUCUCUCAUGCAGAAGCCUCAUGUUGAUUUUGGACUAAAACUACUUGGAGCUGAUGCAAUGUCUAUUCCUGGUCUUUAUAGGAUUGUCCAGGAACUUAUUAAAGAUCAGGUUGCAAAAAUGUAUUUGUGGCCCAAGGCCCUAGAGGUGCAAAUAAUGGAUCCAACAAAGGCCAUGAAAGUGCCUGUUGGAAUCCUCCAUGUCAAGGUUCUGAAGGCAGUGAAGCUUAGAAAGAAAGAUCUGAUGGGGGCAUCAGACCCUUAUGUGAAACUUAAAUUCACAGAUGAUAAGCUUCCUUCAAAGAAAACAACUGUUAAAUACAAGAAUUUGAAUCCAGAAUGGAAUGAGGAAUUUAGUUUGGUGGUCAAAGAUCCAGAAUCUCAAGUCUUAGAGCUUAGUGUUUAUGACUGGGAGCAGAUUGGCAAGCAUGAGAAGAUGGGUUUGAAUGCCAUUCCAUUGAAAGAGCUUAUACCUGAUGAACCAAAAGUAUUGACUCUUAAUUUACUCAAGACGUUGGACCCUAAUAAUCCUGAGAAUGAGAAGUCACGUGGUCAGCUCAUUGUUGAAGUUCUGUACAAUCCUUUUAAGGAUGACAAGUUACCCGAUAAUGUAGAAGACCCCAGUGCAAUAGAAAAGGCUCCUGAAGGAACACCUGCUAGUGGUGGUUUGCUUGUAGUUACCAUCCAUAAAGCUGAAGAUGUGGAAGGAAAACACCACACAAAUCCAUAUGCACGACUGAUAUUUAAAGGAGAGGAGAGAAAAACCAAGCAUGUAAAGAAAAAUAGAGAUCCAAGAUGGGAUGAAACGUUUCAGUUUAUGCUGGAGGAACCCCCCACCAAUGAGAGGCUAAAUGUUGAAGUGUUAAGUGCCUCCUCAAAGCUUGGCCUGCUGCAUCCUAAGGAAACUCUGGGUUAUGUGGAUAUAAAUUUAUCUGAUGUUGUUACCAACAAAAGAAUCAACGAGAAAUAUAAUCUUAUUGACUCAAGAAAUGGACGGAUUCAAAUUGAGCUUCAUUGGAGAACUCCCUGAUGAUUACAUAAACAAAAAAUUUCCAGUGUGCAUAACUUUGUAAAGCACUACUCCUUAUAAUGUUUCGUUGUAAGCUCUCAAACCUAAUUCUCUACGUCUGAGCCAAAGAAAAUUGGGAGUAUUGUCUUGAAGAUUUGUUGCAUAAACAGUACAACAUCAAUAACUGUGUUAGUGAUAAUUUUAAAAGCUGUUUUUU